AUGGAUGCUAUAGAGGAUUGCGAUGAAAGUGGAGAAAAGUUAUUGAGAGUGGGAAAGAGACAGCGGGGGGACAGUAGUGAGGAAGAAAACUGGAAAGAAGUAAAGGGGAAGAAAUCACGCCGAAGUAGUAUUAUCGUACAAGACAAAUAUGAAGUGUAUAUUUCCUACAAGGAACGUUUACCAAAACAAUUUGCUUUAGCUCGUAUCUUUAAAGUCAACAACAUAAAGAAUAUAUGUCAAGUUAAAUAUUUGAGCCCUUUCAAAAUUCGUCUGCAGUUUGAGAGUGAAUCAAAUUCAAGGAAACUCUUUGAAUGCGAAACACUAUUAGAGAAGGGAUGGAGAUUCCAAAAGGCAACAGAACUGUCCGUCUGCUAUGGCCUUAUUAAAGAUGUGGACCUAGACCUCCCUGAAAAUGAGAUUAUACAAUACAUUUCUUGCCCUUCUCCAGCCAAGCUCAUAUCUCUAAAAAAAUUAAUCCGUCGCGACAGGAAUGAAGGGGGUUGGUGCCCCAGUGAAACAAUCCGUCUGUGCUUUGAAGGAGACUACCUACCCUCUGUCGUCCAGGUAUGUGACAUCCAGGUGAAAGUAGUGCCAUACAUUCACCAAGUGGCUCAAUGCUCCCAGUGCUGGAGGUUUGGUCAUACCAGAAAAAUGUGUCCUGCCAAAAAGGUGACCUGUCCUAAAUGUUCUGGUCAUCAUGACAACUGCGAUGCCUCGGUGUUCUCAUGUGUGAAUUGUGGUGGAAAACACAUUUCGCUAAGCAGAACUGGUCCAAUGUAUAAAAAGGAACGAAAACUUAGGGAAAUUAUGGCUGAAUUUAGAUGCACAUACAGAAAGGCCUUACAAUGCUAUGUUUCUCCCGAGCAUUCUGGUAUAAUCGAAUGCACAGAUCCCAACUCAUUUCCUCCCCUUCGAAAAGAUACACCGUCGAUCAAGAUAGACUCCACGCCGCAGCUUCCCGUUCGUCCAACCUAUGCCGAAACUGUCCAAACUAAAGCGACUGUUCACAAAACGGAGUUAGGAGGGAAAUCUUCCUAUCGCCCUGGUAAGAUAAGGCCUAAAACCAAGAAACAGUCUCCUGAAGAAGACCUGCUAUUCUGGAGUUCACUCGCAGGCUCAGAAGACAAAGACGGUAUGUCUGAUGAUGGUAUGGAGCAGAAAGAUGUAUCCCAUUUCAGCGAGCUAUUGUCCCGAAUCAAAGAGGUUAUCUUUAUAAGUCAAGCCAGUGUUUCAUCCAAGAUUCAUUCUGUACUUCAGUUGUGCCUAGAAUGGUUUAUGCUAGUGAUGGUGAAUUAUGUUUCGGAAUGGCCAUGGAUGAAAUCUUUGUUGAGUGUUUUUAUUUCGCAAUCACUGUGA